AUGAGCAAAUUUUCUCGCAUAGCGCAAGCGAGUCAGCCAGGAGCGCCUGGCUUCCCAGGUGCUUCAGCGCCUCAAGCUCCAUACCCAGCACAGCCGCAAUAUGCUCAGCAACCCCCUCAAUUGCCUGGGUCACCAUAUAAUCAGCCUCCUGUUCCACCGAGACCGAGCCCCUCACCCCAACCGUAUCAACCACCACAGUGGCAGGCGCCUCAGCAGCAGCAGCAGCAGCAGCCAUACGGCCAGCAAUUAGGCGUUCCGCCGCAAGGAGGGGGAUAUCAGUCACCACAGCCGGCAUAUCAGUCGUACCAGUCCCAGUACCAACCACAGCAGGGUCAAUACGGCCAACAGCAAUAUCAGCAACAGCCACCCAAUAGUGGAUAUGGAUUUGGUCAGCAACCUCCCUACCCCGGCGGCCCUCAAGGUGGUCCCCCUCCACAGCAAUAUGGUGGCGGUCCUCCUCCUCCCCAGCAGCAGUACGGUGGUGGUCCCCCAGGCGGCGCUCCUGCAGCCCCAGUCGGUAAUGCCGCUGCAUACAAACAGCUCUUGCAAGCCACCAUCCAAGAGAAAGGACUCCAAAACUUUUAUCCGCCGGGAAGUCCCAUCCUCGACCAGAUCGCCAAUCGCGGUGCGCAACAAGUCGCCCAGCUGGCUGCGGCAUGGCGCAUCUCUCCAGAGAUCGCCUCUGAUAUUGUCAAGCUGGCGCUUUAUGAUGUGAUCUUGUACAUCGACGACAGCGGGUCCAUGCAGUUCGAAGAGAACGGAGAGCGCAUUGACGAUUUGAAGUUGAUAUUGUCCCGCGUCGCAUACGCUACCAGCCUUUUCGACGAAGAUGGCAUCCAAGUCCGCUUCAUGAACUCUCCGGACCAAGGUAACAACAUCCGUAGUGAACAGCAGGUUAACGAGAUGAUCGCCCGCACUCGCUUCUCCGGGUUGACACCUAUGGGUCGCGAGCUGCAAAACAAGAUUCUUGGCCCCCUUGUCCUGGAAAACGCCCGUCGUGGGACUUUGCGCAAGCCCAUCUUGGUCAUCACCAUCACCGACGGUCAACCAACUGGUGAAAGCUCAUCUGAUGUGGCCAAGAUCAUAUCUGCAGCUUCCAGCGAAUUGACCAGGAACCCUCGUUAUGGCAAAGGAGCUCUGGCAUUCCAAUUCGCCCAGGUUGGCAAUGAUCUCAAGGCAAGAGAGUUCUUGAGUAAGCUUGAUGAAGAACCUACUAUUGGUGAUAUCAUUGAUUGCACAUCAAACUACGAAGUCGAAGCCGACGAAAUGUCCCGCGCCAAUCCGCCAGUCCAGCUCUCUCCUGAACUCUGGCUUAUCAAACUCCUUCUCGGUAGUAUCGACUCGAGCUACGAUACCAAGGACGAAAAGGCCGGCUCACGACCACCACAGCAAGGCGGCUACGGCGCCCCUCCAGGACAGGGAGGUUAUGGUGGUCCUCCAGGUGGUGGAUAUGGUGGUCCUCCGGGUGGUGGAUACGGCGGCCCGCCAGGUGGCUAUGGGGGACCACAGCCAGGACAGGGUGGUUAUCCUCCUCAGCAAGGCGGGUAUGGUCAGCCUCCUCCGGGCGGAUAUGGACAACCUCCUCACGGUGGGCCACCAGGUCAGGGCGGAUAUCCUCCUCAGCAAGGUGGUUAUGGUGCGCCGCCUCCGCCUAGGUAUUAG